CAGGUUUAUAGUUUCAUAAUCAAAAGCUCUCUGUCUCUCUAAACUUCAACGAGAAAAAAGUUAUGGCAUUCCUUAAAAUUUCCAAGGUUUCUACUGUCUUGGUUCUUAUUAUGUUUCUCUGCUAUAAUCUUCAACCUUCAACUUUCGUCAGGGCAGAUGAUGAAUUGAUCCGUCGAGUAUGUCACAACACGGAUGCACCAACAGCUUGUAAUCAGUGUGUCAAAGCUGAUAAUCGGAGUGACAAUGCAGAUAGUGUUGGAAUUGCGACUAUCGUUGUUGAUUGCCUAAAAGUUCAAGCUGUUUACUUACAAAACAAUAUUUCUGCAUUAGCCUCUAAAUACAAAGAUGAUUUUGCUGCAAAUCAAACUAUUACGAAGUGCCAAGAAUGGUUUUCUCAUGCAAAGUCAGAUCUCAGUGCAGCUACUCAAGGGUUAAAGACUGGUGAUUACGAUGCUUCAGAUAAAUCGGUGUUUGAGGCAUUAAUGUAUCAGAGUGCAUGCAAAUACCAGUUUGAGAACACUCGGAAGAUAAGAAUUACAUAUCAUAUCUCUUUUGGGUUUAACAUGUAUGAAGAACUCUCGCAAAUAGCUUUGCGUAUCAUCGAUCAUCUUUGAGUCGCUACUUGUUAUGUUUUCACUUCUCAUCAGUACGUAGUUGCUGUUGUUUAAUGGAUUAGCACCCCUAAUCUGUAUUAAACUGGCUUUAGGAGUAUAUUUAUUCGAAAUAAGAUGAGAAGAAUUUAUCUGUUAUUGUCAUGGUUGAACUUCAUGACUGAGGUGAUGACUAUGUAAUGUAUGAAAUGGAAUUUGAAGAUGAAGACUAUUUGAAUUUACCUGUGUAGUUAA